AUGCGCUACGCCGGCACACGCUCCCGCCGUCGCCGUGCCCUCCUUAUCGUCGGCGCCCUCGCAUUUGCUAUCAUCGUCGUUGUCGUCGUCUGCGCCGUAUACUUCUCCGUCAAGAAUCAUGACAACAAGUCCACCUCCUCCGACGUCUCCUCGGCCCAGCCCUCCAGCUCCAGCAGCAGCACGAGCUCCAGUUCUUCCGGUUCCAGUGGCAGUAAGAGCUCCGGCUCCUCCAGCUCGCUCGCUGUCACUGGCGGCACAGGCAGCACUGUCACCAUGGCCGACGGCACCACGUUCACGUACGUCAACAACUUUGGCGGGUACUGGUACUACGACCCCAAGGAGCCCCUCAACAAUUACGCACGCGCUCAGUCGUGGACGCCUGCGCUCAAUGAAACCUUCGAGUAUGGCACCGAUCAGAUCCGUGGUGUCAAUCUCGGUGGCUGGCUGGUCACGGAGCCUGUGACUCAUAGACCUUGCAGUGCGCCGUCGCUCUUUGAGCCAUAUGUCAACACGUCCUACCCCGCCGUCGACGAAUGGACACUCAGCUACAACCUCAUGAACGAGACGGGCGGUCUCGAGGGCAUCCUCACCAACCACUACGAGACCUUUGUCACUGAGCAAGACUUUGCCGAGAUCGCAGGCGCGGGCCUCAACUUUGUGCGCAUCCCGCUGCCCUACUGGGCUAUCGAGACCUGGGAGGGCGAGCCGUUCCUCGCCAAAGUCUCCUGGACGUACUUCCUCAAGGCCAUCGAAUGGGCACGCAAGUACGGUCUCCGAAUCAAUCUUGACUUCCACUGCCUGCCAGGCUCGCAGAACGGCUGGAACCAUUCCGGCAAGCUCGGUUCGAUCAACGUGCUCAACGGCCCGAUGGGACUCGCCAACACGCAGCGCACCCUGAGUUACAUCAAGAUCAUCGCCGAGUUCAUCAGCCAGCCAGAAUACAGCGCGAUCGUGCCGAUCUUUGGGGUCACGAAUGAGCCGGUUGGAUCAACAAUCGGGCAGGAUAACUUGGCGGCUUACUACGUGCAGGUUUACGACAUAGUCCGGCUCGCUAGCGGCAUUGGCGAGGGCAAUGGGCCCUAUGUGCUCUACCAUGAUGGAUUCUUCGCACUCAGCUCUUGGGUAGGCUUCCUGACGGGCGGAGACCGCAUGGGACUCGAUGACCAUCCAUACGUGUGCUUUGAAGGCCAGUCGGCGACGCCGUACUCGGGGCGGCUGACGGUGCCGUGCGACACGUGGGGUGGGAUGAUGAAUUCGAGUCUGUCUUCGUUCGGGCUGACGACCGCGGGCGAAUGGAGCAACGCGAUCAACGAUUGCGGGUUGUGGGUGAAUGGCGUUGGAGACGGGAGCAGAUACGAGGGCACGUUUGCGGGCUUCGCGAAGACGGGCGACUGUACGGAGUGGGUCGACUGGCAAAAUUGGAAUGAGACGUUCAAGGAGAGCAUCCAAGGAUGGGCGUUGGCGAGCAUGAGCUCGUUGCAGAACUGGUUCUUCUGGACGUGGAAGAUCGGCAAUUCGACAGUGUCGGGCACCGUGGAAGCACCGCAGUGGUCGUACCAGCUCGGGCUGCAGAACGGGUGGAUGCCGUCCGACCCGCGUGAGGCCUCAGGAGUGUGCAGCCCUUCGGCCGUAUUCACAGGCCUGUCUGCAUGGCAGACGGGCGGUUCGGGUGCGGGGAGCACCUCGGCGAGCGCUGCGACGGCGUACCCGUGGCCGCCGACCAUGAUGAGCAACGCGGGCUUUUCGGCGACUGAGGUCAGCUUGUUGCCGUCGUAUACUGCGACGGGCUCGAUGGUCACGCUGCCCGCGCCGACGUUCACGGACGGGAGCAGUACGGUAAUGGCGAGCGUGGGCGACGGGUGGGAGAACCCGAGCGGAACGGCGCAGAAGUACGUCGCGAUCGAGACGUGCAACUAUCUCUUCCCGUGGGUCGGCCCAACGAACCCGCCGUCGCCCCUCUGCGGCAGCAGCGCAUCGAGCGCAGCGAAGCGUGCGUACCCGACGCCUGCACCGACUCCAUCAUGA